CGACCAAUCGCAACGACGCUUGGAUACGGCAUCGUAUCCAGUACGUGGCAGAUGCUCAAGAAGCCCAAGCUACGGCCGUCCUGCGACGACGCUGUGUGCAACCUCUCGCACCGCGAUCUGACGACCGAGGCGUGCGAGCGCGCACUCGGAGGGUUUCGCGCGGCGCGACGCCUCGACCUUUCCCGCAACCAGCUGACUGCGCUGCCCCACAAGACGCUCGAGAGCCACCUCGUGGAGCUUCACGUCGGCUUCAACUGCCUCCGCGAUAUCCAAGCGGUCGCCGGUCUUGCGCAUUUGCAGGUCCUCGACCUGAGCUACAACAAGCUCGACCACGUCGACGUCUUGGUCUACUGCUCGGCGCUCCAGACGCUCAAACUCCAAGGCAACCGGCUCACCAACUCGCGGGGCAUCGACGGUCUCAAGCAGCUCCACGACCUCGACCUCUCGGACAACAUCAUCGAAGCGUAG